AAGGAACCUACUGGGUCCAGCGCAUUCUUUAAGAUCUAUGUUUCUUUUCCAUUUCCCUCUAGAAAUGGCGCACCAAUUUUACGAAGAACUGCCUUGGUGUGAGAGCUCCUUGUGGCUCAGCCCAGUACCAAAUAGCUUAUUACUUGUGAUCAUCUUAAGACGGUGCAGCUUUAAAGCAAGACGGAGGAACCCUCCAUUUUCAGCAGCACUAGGCCAUAUUCGGCAGCGGGCCGGUGGCUCCCGCUCGCCUCUCCACGGAGAAGGCUCUGGAGGACUCAGUUCCGCGCGGGGCAGCCCAGAAACCAGGUCUCCAGCGGCCAGCACAGCCCUGUUGCCAAGGGAACCGCCACGCGCCGCUGCGCUGGCCCACUAGCGGGAGCGUGAGGGGCUAGGCCGGGUAGGCCAGACAUGGAGCUGCCGGACCCUGUUCGUCAGCGCUUGAGCAACCUCAGCCUCACCAUGUUCGGCGACUCCAGCCGUACCGGGCCAGAGUCCAGUGAGGCCGCGGAUAACGAAAUGGUCUCCAGCCUGCCCCUGCAGAUGUCACUUUACUUUAACUCUUACUUUUUCCCACUCUGGUGGGUGAGCUGCAUUGUGAUGUUGCACCUGAAGUAUUCGGUCUUGCCUGACUACUACAAAUUCAUUGUGAUUACUGUGGUCAUCCUCAUAACCUUGAUUGAGGCCAUCCGGCUGUACCUGGGCUGCAUGGGUAACCUGCAGGAGAAGGUUCCCGAACUGGCCGGCUUUUGGCUUCUGAGCCUUCUACUACAGUUGCCUUUACUCCUUUUCCUGCUCCUUAAUGAAGGCCUGAAGAAUCUGCCCUUGGAGAAAGCGAUUCACAGCAUCUUCACCGUCUUCCUUACUUUCCAAGUUAUCUCAGCGUUUCUGACCCUGAAGAAAAUGGUCAACCAGCUGGCAGCCCGUUUCCACCUCCAGGAUUUCGAUCAGCUGUCUGCGAGCAGCGCGACUCUGAGGCGGGCUAGGCAAAGCUCGGAAGAGCUCUGACCGCGUGCUGAUGGUGACGUCACCAAGAUGACGCAAGAGGACCCAGAAGUGAGUGACAGGACAUCGAGUCAGGCCUGAGGAAGGGGGCACGCGUGUUGGGGUGUGCCCUCUAGCUCUGAAACCCCCCAUGGAGGAAAUGCCCAGGCUUACUCGUAUCAACCCUGCAGCCGAGGGGAUGUCCAGACUCGGCAUUUCUUGUUUCUGAUGUUGGCUUCGAAGGUGUUUCUUCAUGAGUGUGUUGGCAGUUGCAACACCACCUCUUCUGUCAUGUUUCUGGUUAUAAUCUGUGAUGAGAAAUGUGUGGCACUUCAAAGAAAAUCAGCUUUGUCCACUGGAAUCUCACAGAGUGUGUCAACACCCCCCAGGACAUGCCCUAACCCGGCAGGAGUUGGCCAAUAUAAAAGGAACUCCAUGGUGUUCUUGUGGGCUUUUUGUUUCAUUUGCUGUUGCUUUGGCAUUUCUGUCUUAUUAUUAGAGAGUAAAAGGGUGGGAAGGAGUUGGGAAGGGGGAAACAAGAAAAGUAUGGUAUGAAGAAAAGAACUAAUAAAAGAAAUACGCGACGUUUCUUUUAAACUUGUCAGCUAUCUAACUGGCUGCCCUGGGCUUCUUGGAUCAUAUGGAAAUGCUCCAUCAAUAGGAUGCCUGUGUGUUAGGUGGAAUUUUAACCAAGACCAAAGUGUUGGGUGUGCUAGUACGCAGUUCCAAAUGUCUUUCCAGUUGUUAUCUUGCAGUGAAAGAGGCAGUCACAUCGUGGUGCUUAAAGAAUAUUUGUCACAAAUAUUUCAAGCUUUAUAAAGCCAUGUUCAGUAUUUGUGGUGAUGGCACCUAAGUCCUUUUUACCAUAAAUCGUAAGCUCUUUAUAUUAAACUAUCAGCAGCAUAUCA